GAUGCACUGGAUAGCCGUCGCGAGGAUUCCCGUUACGAUGGCCAAAGAACGGGAGUAAUUAUUUAUUAUUUGCCACGCACCCGGUUGGAUUCGUACAGUGACAGUCCCGGUGUAGUGCACGUUCAGUUUAUAGGCGAGGGACGCACGCACAUCAGCGCGCACUGUCGUUGGCUUCACGACAGGACAAGUCGUCUCCUAGACCUAGAAUUUACGCUGCUGGAGGAGUAAGCAAGUUUCUAACACUUCAUGAAAUAUUAUCUUGGCUUUCGCGCAUUCGGAAAGGCGAAGAUGGGCCAUGUGUCCGGUGCGUCGCUUCGCACUGCGUUUGAAUUGCGGUUGCUGCACGGAACGUUACGCGCUGCAAAAACGAUGUUGGUGGAGUAUUUUUGAAAAUUAAUCUCCCUAAAGUCGCGCGUUUACCAGUAAAGGAACUAAAGUUUUGUCACUGUGGAUCUAACGCCGUCUGAUCGCUUGUUAGCUCUCCGGAGGUGCUGGCCAUUAAUAUCUCAGCCCCAUUUUUCACCAUGUACAUCACAAACAAUGUGAGUUUUUAAAAUAACAAAGAACAUGGAAAAAACCUGUUUUGGCAGUAUUUUUAUGUCCCAGAUUUUCGUUGAUACUGAUUUCACAAAUGAUUUAGGAUUUUUUUUAAACUGUUAGGCACGACGAAAACAAGAAAUCGUGCUAAAUUGGGAUCACAGAAAAAAUGAUUAUCGAUUUGGAUUAUAUGCAUUUUUUUUUGUUGUAGUUUUAUUCUUUUUAUGAUCGCUUUAGUUUUCCUGUCUUUAUUUCAAGAUUAAAGGGAGGUAAUUGCGCAAGCUCCGUGCAGAAUAACAAUGAACGUCAACUACAACAGUUCUGUAUUUCACGUGAAAACGCCAUCCGUGGCCGUAGAGCCGGCAUCGGGUCCUCCGCACGACUCCUCUAUGCAGGCUCACGUCUUCAUGCCAGGCAGAGAGCAGUAUGGAUUCCAGCCUCACGGCCGUGGGGGUAUGCUCAGCACGGGGCCGCAGCUCCACGCGCCGUCACCUUUCAAUGGGCAACAGCUCACUUCCGAACAGCCUGUCCACCCCUACCAGGACGGGGUUGCCUCCUGCCUGCACGGGGACAGGCACCCAGGCUUCAGCGGCGGCGACGCAGGCCCCCAGCAUAUGUUCGAGGCAGAGUUUGGCCAGCUUUCCGAAGCCCAGGCACGGGACUGCCUCCCGCUGCAUCAGCAGCAGCGACUGGCCAGCGGAGCCAGCGGAGCCAGCUACCAGCUGCAUGGCCAUCCUAUCGGCAACCACGCUGUGCCUGCGCCCUGUCUGCCGCUGGACCAGUCGCCGAACCGGGCAGCGUCUUUUCAUGGACUGCCGUCCUCCUCGCCCGAAAGCAACAGCCUGGAGCACUGCAGACUUUUCCCACAUGGAGGGACGGGAGGAUCUCAGUAUUGUUUUCCAUGUGAUCCCCUGUCUGGCCAUUUUGACAUGGGGGGAUUCUCUAAUCUGGACUCCACUGAGCCGAAGUUCCCCUAUUGUGAAGCAGGCAGCCAGAUGGCUGCAGGCAGUUUCCCCAACUUCAGUCACGGUGGCUCUCGAGCUCCCAUGAUCGGCUCUAAAGUCAAUCCUCAACUCCCUCAGCAGAAUGCUUACUCAGAGAGAUUCGGGAACAGAGGGAAACUGGAACCGGGCCUCGUUGCUAGACACCAACUCGUGGCCCAGCAGAGACCAGGACCCAUGGGGAGACAGAACCCUGGCUCCCCUGUCGUUCCGCGGUUGUACCAUACCACGGACUUUGUUCCAAAUAGUCCGGACAUGCAAAACAGCAGCAUUGUAACACAUGGCCAGCUGGAUCCUACCAUGCACAAACUUAGUGGCCACAACAUGCGUCCGUUUGGGGAGCCCGUGUUUAGUGGACCCCAGCUUGGACCUCAGCCUCCCCAUCAACGGCAACUCAGUCCCUUCCCCUAUCUGAACGUGGCUAAGAGGCAGCGGUUUGAUAUCCCCAGUGGCCCUGCUGGGGAGAGCUACAGCCCUGUAGGUGGUGGUCUGCGUAAUCGGCCAGGCCUCGAGAAUCACCUCUCCCCCUCCGCCUUCCCCGCCCCCAUGGGGGACUUCACGCCUCACGUGACGGACAGUUUCCCAUCAGGCCCCCCGCCGCUGAGCUGCGGGCCACCGCAACAACAACCUCUGCCCCGCUGCCCCAACGCAGCCCUGAUGAUCAAGCAAAUGGCGUCCAGAAGCCAGCAGCAUAGGAUGAGGCAGGCUGACCUGCAGCCGGUGAAUCACCAAAGUGACGGCACGCUGAACGGCAUGGUGCACAGAGGGCCACUGUCUCAGCUGAAUUUCGAAAAGAGGCAUAAUUUUCACGGGAACUUUGAGAUUCAGAGCCCCCACCUACCUCAUGAAAACUCUUGGUUUCCUGACACACAUCAGCAGUGCAGGGAAGCCAGCAUUCACACGACAGAGCAGUCGCAGAAUGGCCAUGGUGGUAUUUUUAGAUCAGGGGUCACGACUGUGGAUAUGCAGUUCUUAAAUUCCCCUGGGCUUCACAGUCAGUUUGAAAAUAGCAUCAACAAUCAUCUGCAGGUACAGCCGUCUGAAGAUGGAACGAUGCAGCCAAACACACCCAUGGACAGGAGGCCAAGAGAAUUUGGAGAAGCCGCUCUGAGGCGGCAGCGUGGCUUUCUUCCUGGGGGGUCAAAUCAGCAGGGAACCCCCAAAAGCAAUCCUCCUGGCUUUGGUUCCUCACCAGGGAACUAUCCCUCCCAUUCUGAGUUUGCCUCAAGCCAGCACCUGUCAGUCAAUAAGCUUGGGGCCCUCUCUUUGGGGAAUUUAAACAAAGGCAGUACAAAAGACAGUGUGUUUGGCCAAAGCUGUCUGGCGGCUCUCUCCACUGCCUGCCAGAAUAUGAUUGCCAGUCUAGGGGCCCCAAACCUCAAUGUGACUUUUAAUAAGAAGAACCAAAAUGAGGCCAAACGCAAACCAGGUCAGGUGGAGCAGGACAUGAACAGCGGCAGCGGCGGUGCUAGUGGCCCAGGGACGGAGUAUUUUCAGAGCAGUGCUUCUCACAACAGCCAAGUGCCUUGCUCCGGGAACAACAACAACAACACAACAGUGGGUCAGAAGGCUAAGAGGGAAGCUCGUGCCCUCUCCCCAAACCACAACACAGAUUCUGGAAACGAAGGCAAGGCGUCAGACCGAGGGAGGGGGAAGAGGAGACCAGACAGUGGGCGUAGCCCUGGAAACUUCUCCCCCCGCAGCAGCAACACCGUGGUGAGCCCAGGCCCACAAGCGUCUGCCCUGAGUGUGGGCGCAGAGGGCCAGGGCAGGACUUCCGAAGGCUCCCUCCUCUCGCCUUCCUUUGUAAAAGCUGAUCUCACCACCUCUAUGGACAGCGGCAUUCAGAGCGUGGGCAAGUCUGACGGCGUUUCGCCGUGUAUGGAUUAUCUAGACGACGCCAGCCCUAACUACGGUGGUGAGGAUGCUAGGGUUGGCAGGAGCAGCGUGAAGUGCGGUCCAGACGGCAGGGGCGGCUUUCCUGACACGCCCUGCAUGGAGCAGGCAAGGGCGCCGCUGGCCGGCUCAGCCCAGGACGAGGUGCAUCCCCUGGAGAUCCUUCAGGCCCAGAUACAGCUGCAACGGCAGCAGUUCAGCAUCUCCGAGGACCAGCCACUCGGAGGGAAGCCUGGCAGAAAGCCAGACUGCCCGUCUGGGCUCAACGGAGAUUGUGCCCUGGCAGGCUGCAGCCCAGAGUCAGGCAAGGGCUCUGUGAAUACUAUUGACCUCGACUCUUUAAUGGCAGAGCAGCACGCCACCUGGUACGGCAGCAGCAACAAGGCGCUGAUGGAGGAUCCUGGGAAUGGCCAGUGUGUGGGAUUCUGGGACAGAGCACGAGGCCAGAGUGACAACAAAGAAGGGCAUGGGUAGGAGCGCUUUUUGGAUACCCCUCAAUGGCUCCAUGCUGUAUCGCUGAAAAGGUGCUGCUCGGAAACGUUGUGGGAGUGGGGGAGGAUGUGAAGGAGACCACCUGCAGUGCCCGUCUCCUCGCUGGGGGGCCAGAGAAGCACCCCCACCCGCCCCGUAGUCCUGCUCCUGUCCUGGUCCACCCCAACCGCAGUGCCCGAACGGCCCGAGCGACUAGCCUGCCUGCAGUGCCAGAUGACUGCGUGAGAGACUGUGCUCGUCGGUCCUGGUACGUUUUGUGCUGGUAAUCGGACACCGUCUUCAUCAGGAACAGCGAGUGCCACCAACUCUUCUAAUCUGCUAGGAGACCACACACUCAGUCUCGACUGGAUGCUUCACAAGAACAGAGACUUGAGAGUGCUGAGGAACACCAGACUGGAAUCUUGGACAUCAUGCUUGAAUUACCUUCAACAAAUUUUUAAAAUAAUUUUUUUUGCCAUUUGUUCUCUUUUCUAGUUUUGUUUUGAUUACCUCAUUUUUAAAAGACUUUCAUCAUAAUAGUCUGAGAUCAUUUUUUAAUGAAGGGACCUCUGAGGGAAAGCUGAGAUUACGCUCAGUCAGUUUAGUGUCUGACCACCUCAAAAGUCUCACGUCGUCCAAAAAGCUGUCUGGAUCAGUAUUGUGCUCCUCUGCUCCAUCAGAUGUCAAGCUUGCCCAUCAUAACACACACGCAUUUAAAAGCCAUAUACAGUAUCCACCUUGCAACCACUUUCACAGAUCAAACAUUAUCAGUACCAGAUAAUGUUCAGGCCUACUGUCGUCUGUUUUAGAAUUACGACUGAGCCCGUUUCCCCAAGAAGAACCUGUUUGAGUAUCGCAUUAAAAACGCCACCUUCUGGCAGUCGAGUCUGGACCUCGGCGCUGACUGUGGUGGGUCAAACCUUUGAAAUGCCAGUGGGGGUUCCUCUGUCUCCCUACUGCUCUUGGAAAGCUGAGACGCAGGCUGAGCUCAUCUCAUUGUGGCCCGCCAGGCAAGUGCAGGAAUGCCGCUGUUUCAAGCCGAUACUCUUCUCUGUUUGGGUUUUCCCCUUCACUCGGCCUUCGGCGGCACAGAGGUUCUCCCUGAUUUUAAACGAACUCGUCCCGAAUAUGUUUGGCCUGAAUUGGCAGCCCAUUCACUUGGAGACAAUGACUGCCGACAAAAGACUUAAAAAGGUCUUUAACCGCUAUAUUGGACUUUGACACUUUGGUGUUUUCAGCUCUACCUCUUCCGCUGGUCAUCAGUUUAAGAUGAGUUUGUUUGUUUGUUUGUUUUAACUUACUUGACAUUGGGCGCAUCAUUUGUUUCUUAAACUACCCUCCUCUUAUGUGGAAUUUCUCAGUGUGAAUCCUUCUGACUGGACUCAUGUAAAAGUGGCUUUUAAAAUCGAAGGCUGCUAACAUAGAAGUCUAAGAGGUUUUGCUGCAAUAUUUACAAAGCUAAAGGUGGCUUUUUUUUUACAACGUACAGAUAUUGUAAAUAAACUGUAUAUUAUGUGACUGUAUAUUAUGGAACAAUUAUUGAUAAAUAUGUUGUUAAUCACUGUUUUUUUUCCUGCAGCUGACACUCAUCAGUAUAAAGUGAGCUGGGUGUAUUCAUUA